AUGGCCCACAACCUAAAUGGCGGCAAUGGUAAUCCGGCACCACCUUCGUAUAACGAAGAACCGCCGUCAUAUUAUAACGAUAGCGUCCUAACCUACGACACGAAUGAUGACGUGACAGCUCCCAUUUCCGAGCACGGUCGACAAGAUGGAUCGACGAUGAGACUUUUAUCACCCAGCGAAGGCAGCUACGUUGAUGAGAAUGUUGAUAGAUACUCGGCAGAGGCAGAUGUGGGUGGCGCGCAUUUUAGAGGCUCGCAUAAUGGGAUUGUCAAAUCUUCUAUUCCAAGUUCAGUUCCCUCCGAAUCGCAACAAAAUAAGGAUGCCGAGGCCCCAGGAUAUGCUCCAAGGAAUUCCAGUUUACCUAUAUACUGUCCCCCGGCUGAGAUGCCCUCGACUCUACUACAAUGCCCCGUCAAUACAGUACGAACGAUGUCCCUGAUUCAAAAUGGAAACAAGGCUACCAAGGAUAAGGAAAUCAAACCCCAAAAAUCGGUGUCUUUUGCGGUUCCAAAACCUGCUCCUACCCUUAGGAUGGUCGUUGACCCGCUAAUGAUCCCCCCUCCUCUCCGGCUAGCUACACCCAAGCCGCCAUAUCCACCGCCCGGGUCGUCGCGAUACCAACCACUACACCAGCAUAAUCACUCGACAACAUCUUUCGCGCCGUCUCGACCACCAUCAAGUUUAAGCAAUGCGCCUAGUUUGCCGCCUCCAAGCAGUUCAGGGGACCGACCAGGUUCGCCAACUCGACCUUGGACGCCAUCUGGCGCUACCGACCGGGAGAGGCGACCUCCUUCUAUCACUAAUUACGAACCCGCAGAAAUUAAUGGUAGCCCACGACCAGGCACCCCGAGCUCGAGAUAUGGUGGUAGCCCACGUCGACCACUUCCGCCGGCACCGCUUUUUUCUGCGCCGUCAGCUGGUGAAACGAGUAUUGAUAUCGGAAGCGAGGUCGAUGAUCCUUUUGGAGGAAAUGGGAGGACGAUCGAUUCAAAACCAGGGUCCCGGGCUAGUAUGAGGUCCUACAGCUCCUACCUUACCGAAUCAACCAUGGUUACAGACGAAAAGGAUACCAUGAGCAAAGUGGAUCUUGAUGAUGACUGGUCAGAGACCAACACUGAUCCAAACUUGCAUUAUGGACCAGCUCCUACCGGUCGUCAAGAUCGUAGAGGCGUCAGGCAAGCCCAGAUGACCAAGAAGGAGGUCAAAUUGAUCAACGGUGAACUCGUGUUGGAAUGCAAAAUUCCAACAAUUCUGCAUAGUUUCCUUCCUCGCCGAGAUGAUCGCGAAUUUACACAUAUGCGAUACACUGCUGUGACAUGCGACCCGGAUGAUUUCGUGCCACGAGGGUACAAGUUACGGCAAAACAUCGGUACCACGAUGCGAGAAACCGAAUUGUUUGUUUGCAUCACUAUGUACAACGAAGAUGAAAUCAAUUUCACUCGGACAAUGCAUGGUGUCAUGAGAAAUAUCUCUCAUUUUUGCUCCCGAACGAAAUCUCGAACAUGGGGAAAGGAUGGCUGGAAGAAGAUUGUUGUGUGCAUCAUUGCAGACGGCAGACAAAAGGUGCAUCCACGAACUCUCAACGCCCUUGCAGCGAUGGGUGUUUAUCAAGACGGUUUUGCAACGAACGUCGUCAACCAGAAGGAGGUUACCGCCCACGUGUACGAGUAUACGACCCAAGUCUCACUCGACUCUGAUAUGAAAUUUAAGGGUGCAGAAAAAGGCAUCGUCCCAUGCCAGGUUAUCUUCUGCCUGAAGGAGCGUAACCAGAAAAAGCUCAAUUCCCAUCGAUGGUUCUUCAACGCGUUCGGUCGUGCUCUGACCCCCAAUGUUUGUAUCUUACUCGAUGUCGGUACAAAACCAGCUCCCACAGCUCUAUAUCAUCUCUGGAAAGCGUUCGAUCAAGACUCGAAUGUUGCCGGGGCCGCAGGUGAAAUCAAAGCUGGUAAGGGGAAAGGAUGGCUUGGCUUAUUCAAUCCUUUGGUCGCGUCUCAGAAUUUCGAGUAUAAGAUGUCCAAUAUCUUGGAUAAACCGCUCGAAUCCGUUUUUGGGUAUAUUACUGUGCUGCCAGGUGCAUUGAGUGCGUAUCGAUACCAUGCGUUACAGAAUGAUAGCACUGGCCAUGGGCCUCUCAGCCAGUACUUUAAGGGAGAAAUGUUGCAUGGGAAAAAUGCCGAUGUUUUCACAGCAAAUAUGUACUUGGCAGAAGAUCGCAUUUUGUGCUGGGAGCUUGUUGCUAAAAGGGAAGAUCAGUGGAUUUUGAAGUUUGUGAAAAACGCUGUUGGGGAGACUGACGUUCCGGAUGCCGUUCCUGAAUUCAUCUCCCAACGACGAAGAUGGCUCAACGGCGCUUUCUUUGCUGCUGUAUAUUCUCUCACUCAUUUCCGCCAGAUAUGGAAGACGGAUCAUUCGGUUAUGCGAAAGAUCCUGCUUCAUAUCGAGUUCAUAUACCAGUUCGUCAGUUUAAUUUUCACAUUCUUUUCUUUGGCCAAUUUUUAUAUCACGUUCUAUUUUAUUGCCGGAACUCUGGCAUCCAAGGAUAUUGACCCCUUUGGGCAUAAUAUUGGGAAAAUUAUCUUCGUGAUAUUAAGAUAUGCCUGUGUUUUGCUUAUUUGCUUACAAUUCAUCCUAUCUAUGGGCAAUCGACCUCAAGGCGCCAAAAAGAUGUUUAUGUCAAGUAUGAUCGUGUAUGGAAUUAUCAUGGCCUAUACGACAUUCGCUGCCCUGUACAUGGUAGUCAUUCAACUCAAGCAGCUGAACGAUCCGAAGAAAAAGGACCAGAAUCUGGGCAGCAACGUUUUCACCAAUAUCAUCGUCUCGACACUCUCGACAGUUGGUCUCUACUUCUUCAUGUCCUUCAUGUACCUCGACCCGUGGCACAUGUUUACAUCUUCCCUUCAAUACUUCGCCCUUCUCCCCAGCUACCUCUGCACUCUCCAAGUCUAUGCUUUCUGUAACACCCACGACGUCACCUGGGGCACGAAGGGCGACAACGUCAUCCACACCGAUCUCGGCAUCGCGCGAACAACUGACCCUUCCACCGUCGAACUUGAAAUGCCCUCAGAACAACUUGACAUCGACAGCGGGUAUGAUGAGGCUCUUCGCAACCUGCGAGAUCGGCUCGAAGUCAAAGCUCCCGAAGUCUCUGAAGCCCAGAUGCAAGAAGACUACUAUCGCGCGGUGCGUACGUACAUGGUCUCGAUAUGGGUCAUCGCCAAUGCUACUCUCGCCAUGGCGGUGAGCGAGUCCUACAGCCAGCAUCAGGUCGGUAGCAAUGGGUAUCUAGCUUUUGUGUUAUGGGCCGUUGCAGGCCUGGCGGUUUUCCGUGCCCUGGGCUCUACGGCCUUUGCGGUGUUGAAUGUGGUGCAUAAGAUCGCGGAGGGGAGGUUGAAGCUUACUGCGGGAUCGAACUCGUCAUCGAGUGUUGGUAGCGCCGCGGUCCUGAGUAGUAAGGGCUUUGGCGCUCAUAGGAAUAUGGGUGAGAAGGUGAGAGAUUGGUUUAGUGAGACGGGGUGGAAUAUAAAGAGGAAAGCGGACAGGAUAGCAUUCUGGAAGAAAUGA